UUUUAUUUUUCUAACUAAACAAAAUUUACUAUUUUUCUUCUACCCGCUUCAUAUAAAAUCUCUCCAAACAAAGUGACAUCACCUCCUCUCCCCUUCCCUCACCUCGGUUCCAUUAAAAUCCACCCCCUCCCUUUUCCUUACUUUAACCAAACAUACCCGUAGCCUCAACUGAGUGAGGUACCGAAAGAAAACUCCGGCGAGAACCUGAAAGAGAGAAAAUCAGGAUUGGGGUGUUGUUAUGUCGCUGGUGGAUUACGCAGCUUCUUCAGACGAAGACGACGAGCCACAGAACCCUACCCACCGGCUAGAAGAUGAACAGCUGAAGAAAAACCCUGAAAUUGAGGUACCCGCGCCAGCCCCAUCAUCCAACGAUGCCUCUAUUCGUUCUAACACCAGGACAUCUGCAAAUCUGGGACCACCUUCAACUAAAAAGGCAGAAAAAGUUUCCAAUCAGUCUUCUGAGCUGAAACUUCCUGAUGCCUCAUUUCUCUUGAACUCACCCGUUUUGCCAUCUAAUCUGUCGAAUGUUUCGGAUCACUCAUCUCGAGUUGCAGCUGCCAUGGCCGAAAGUGCUGCUAGAAAGAGAGAGUUAAUUGAGCCAACUGCAAAUGCCCCACGUAGUAAACUUCCAAAAGGGGCCUUGCCACACUCAAAAGGUGUUCCAGAUACCGUAGGCAGUCAUUUGCUUCCACCUCAGCUUGCCGGAAGGAGCAAUAUUGUGACAGAAGACAUAAGCAAGCUCUUUGUGAGAAAGAAUACGAAAUCGUCCACAGAAUAAUAUGUGUACAAUUUGCUUGUAAUUCUGUGUGUUGAAGUUAGUAGCAUCUUGCUAGGCCCAUUGAUUUACCACAGCUUGUGGUUACGGAUGGAAAAAAGGAAAUCUUGAGAUUCUGUCAAUUUGUCGUUGUCAUUUCAGAUCUACAGAAUGGAAUGUGGUAUGUGUGUGCUGAACUUAAUGUCAAACAAUGGGUACAAAUUAUUGCAAUGUUAGGGCAACAAUUCUGAGUACUUGCAGAUUCUAUAUUCUAUAAUGAUAAAAGAUAAAUCUAGAGGGCUGAGCUUUCGCGCUAUUGCAA